CAGGAAGAGGGCGGAGCGGGGCCUGUGGCUCUCGCGAGAGCUUCCGAGGAGGCCGGACCCGGCGGCAGCUGGGAAGGAAGCCGGGAAGGACAGAAGGAGGCGGCGGCAGCGGCGUCGGCGAUUGGAGCGAACGGCCCCUCCUUCUCCUCCUACGCCCCCUCCCCUGAGGGACCCGGGCCCGCUUUCUCCGUUCCCUGCCCCGGGAACAAGCCAAGACCGAGUCACUGUUAAGUGCUGCCGCCGCCGCCGCCCCGCCCCGCCGCCGCCCGGUGCUGCGGCCCCACCGUGUCCGACAUGAGUUUCUUGUUUGGUAGUCGUUCCUCCAAAACUUUCAAGCCAAAGAAGAACAUUCCAGAGGGUUCUCACCAGUAUGAACUCCUAAAACAUGCAGAGGCUACCCUGGGGAGUGGAAACCUGCGGACGGCUGUUAUGCUUCCAGAGGGGGAGGACUUAAAUGAAUGGGUUGCAGUGAAUACUGUGGAUUUCUUCAACCAGAUCAAUAUGCUAUAUGGGACCAUUACAGACUUCUGUACCGAGGAGAGCUGUCCAGUGAUGUCAGCUGGCCCAAAGAAUAAUAAAGUGGAGGAAUUCCAAGAGAACUGGAACAACCUCCAGGAUCUGAUGCAGAGUGAAAGGAGCAGUACCAGGAGAACAUUGUACACAGAGACUGAUACACUGUGGUACAAUCAAAGAUAUGAAUAUCAUUGGGCAGAUGGAACCAAUAUAAAGAAGCCUAUUAAGUGCUCUGCACCAAAGUAUAUUGAUUAUCUGAUGACCUGGGUACAGGACCAGUUGGAUGAUGAGACAUUAUUUCCAUCCAAAAUAGGUGUCCCCUUCCCAAAGAACUUCAUGUCAGUGGCAAAAACUAUCCUGAAGCGUCUGUUCAGAGUGUAUGCACACAUUUACCACCAGCACUUUGACCCGGUGAUCCAGCUGCAGGAAGAAGCCCAUCUUAACACAUCUUUCAAGCACUUCAUAUUUUUUGUGCAGGAGUUCAACUUAAUCGAUAGAAGAGAACUUGCUCCACUCCAAGAACUGAUUGAAAAACUAACUUCAAAGGACAGAUGAGAGGAUGGAAGGCUGUUCCAAUCAUUUAUUUCUUAAAUCAGGCUAUUAGGAAUAUAUUUGGGGUUGUUAUUUGGUUGGGUGGUUUGGGGAUUUUUUUUGAGUUUUUCCUUUAUUUUUUUUCUUCCUAAAUAAAUGAAAACUUUUUCUGUUACUUAGAGGUAAUUAAGGUCCAUUCUCUAUGCUUUUGAUGGAGCACAAUCUUUUUUCUCUUAGUGACAUACAGUGGCGUGGACAUUUUUGUUUUACUUUGGAAUUUGGGGAAGGGUUGGGAAUGGGGUAUAUCUCAUUGUAGAUUUUUAGGUGAUGCUGUGUGCUUGACCCUACUGGUGGAUGGGUUCUACAUGAAGUAAACUGUGGCCCAUUCAUAAUAUAAAAGACUUACCUUCUUAAGUGCCUUGGCAGAAGGCUUACUUCUGAGGUGCAAAGCGCAGAUAUAGUAGACUGAGCAUUGCUGAAUACAAUGGACUGAUCACUACCCAGAAAGUUGGGAAUGAUGUGUUUCUUUUAGACUAACUAAUUUUAAAGAAGCCAUAGUUACUUAAAUUGAUGAUUUCCAGCUUUUAAUCCAUGAAGAAACAGAAUUCUUGAAGAUGCGAAUGUGGAUCUUUGAAAAAAUAACAUCUGUCAAUUAUUUUUGUUAAUUUGAUGUUGAUAUGUAUUCUGUUCACCAAAUGAUGAAAGUUCUAUUAUAAACAGGGUUUUUUCUACCCCUUAAAAUCUGUGAUAAUGAAACUGGAGGAGACUACAGAGUGUUCUCUGUUUCAGCAUGGCUCUUCCAUACAGUUUCAUGCCUAUCCUGUAGGGCAUAAAGUAUUGAUUGCCAUCUCCUGAGGUGAUGCAGCCAGCCCUGUCUGGGAAGUUUCUCCCCCAUUGCCAAAUGAGCCAUAAAUCUCCUUCCACUGUGAAGAGAAUAAAAAAUAUUUCCAUUGAAAUAAUAUUUAAUAAAUACAAGUCUUAGAAGACCCAUGAAACCAAUGGCAAGGACCCAAAUCUCCAUGUAAACCCAGGUUCUAACCCUCCUCUUGUACUUGGAGCCAACUCCCAUUAGUCAACAAUUAAGUACGUCUUUACUUUCUCAGCAUAGUCGUUAAAAGUGGAGUGAGAGUUUUUAGAAGUACUAGUUACUUUUCAGCAUUUUCAUUUAGUGGAUGGAGCUUUUGUGUUUGUCUCCAAGGAGCAACUACUACAUUUAAUAACACAUUCUCCUAACUGCUCACUGCUGAUCCUUUUAGAAGGUUGGCGAUCCUCCCAUUAUUCCACCCCCCCCCAACUAUUUUCUGAGGGAAGAAUGGUCCUACUAUGUGGUAUAAUUAAAUAUUCAAAACAAUGACUGACUUUAAACAUGAUAUCAGUUUCAAAUGAAUUGCAUCCUUUUUUAACAGAUUAAUAAACUGACUUUGAUACAUUCUGCCAACAACUUUCACUUAGGUGUAGCUGUUCUUAUGAAACCCUCCCAAUUUUAGUUUUCUCUUGUCUCUUACCAGGGUCUGCCUCCUGGAGCUAGACAAGUCCAGUCAUCCCCCACUCUUUCCAUCAAAAGAAUUCAGAUUAAUAGCUCUUUGGGUUGCUUUCCUAAUGCACAGAGCAGUGAUCUGAUAGAUUUCACUAGUAUACUAUUCAGAAUUGCUUUUGCUUCAUUCCUUUUCUGCAAGGUCCAGCCAAGUGUAGCCUGUAAUACCUUGGCAGAGAUGCAUCUAUCAGAUCCUGGCCAUAUUUAUACAGCACAGCAGCAGUAAGAGGCAACUGACAUAUCAUACUUUUUUUUUUUUAAGGAGAAAAAAGCUGGCUCAUAGUUAUUAACUAAAUUAGUUAAUUCAGAAACAAUUGGGUGCCAGCUGGUUUAGGGGUCUAUGAAGGAUCUCAUCUGCACAGGGAAGUAAAGCACAAGAUCACCUAAGUGAUCUUCCAUAUCACAUUUCAUCUUCUGUAAACCCACUAACAGAAGGGUUGCAAGAACAGCCAAGUGAAGAGAAAAUGGGUGGGAAAUUAUUCUUGUACCUGAUAAACUUCAUGUAGCACUGUUAGGCUGGGGCAUAAUGUUUCUCAACGCUAACAUUUAUAAGUAUACAUUGCUUACCCAGUGUAUAUGUAAGAUAAACUUUUGUUCUUGUGCUAGAACUGUAGGUACCUGGCUCUGAGUACUCCUUUCAUUAAAGACAUUGGGAGUUGGAGGAUGCUGCUAUUGUUUCUGUGUGUUUUAAGUAGAGAGGCUUUCAUUACAGAGGGAUCUUGUUUAUACUCCUUGGUUUUAUACAUGGCUAGAAGUAGAAAUUCCCAAAACAGAAAAAAAACAUCUAUUUCUUUAAGAUAAAUUGUUGCAAAUUUAUCCCCCCCCCCCCCAUGAGUACUGCUAGCAAUUUUUUCCCAAAAAACCUAAACAAAAUAAAACAAAACCUAGGCUAGAAAUCCUUGGUUAAGUUUUAAACAUGAUAAAAAUGUAUUCAAAAAAAUUUUUUUAAAUCUUACCUUCUGUCUUAGUAUUAAGUCUAAGACAGAGGAGUGGCAAGGGUUAGACAGUUGAAGUAAAGAAUCCAAGAUCACAUAGCUAGGAAGUGUCAGGCCAGAUUUGAAUCCAGGCUCUCUUGACUGCAGCCCUGGCCCUUUGUCUACUGCUGCCUAGCUGCCCCAGAUAGGAAAUUUUAAUGCCUAAAAAAUUAUGAGAGUAUGUAUAACUCUUAGGUGUAGCUGAUGCUGCUAGCUCUAAUUUUUUAAGCUCUUCCCUUGCUUUCGUUUUCAUAUAAGCUGUGCCAUUGAGUCACAACAUAGGUAUGAAGUCUGAAAAAAUAGAAACUACUGUUUGGGUGAAUGUGAAUAUAUUUAGUUUAUCACAUAAUAGGUAAACUGAUUGCCUUAUUUACCCUAAGAAACUAAGCACUAUAACCCCAUACUUACUCUAAUUGGAAACAGUUGGCACAGACAUUUUGAAAUUUAUGUAAUUACAUUUUAGCUAUUAGUUUUAAGCUUUUCUUAACCAGUUUACACCCACCACACCCUAUAACCACUACUUGUUGGAAACCUGUUCCAAUAAAACACGUGCUUAAUGCUUUUCUGCUCACUGAUGACUGUUGAGGCAAAAAUUUAUAAUAUGUGAAAUCUUAAUAGUGUAUGUGUAAUUUUAAAAAACCCCAAACAUCUCAACUAUUAUAUACAUAUUAUAUGCAAUAACUUCCUCAUUCAAAUGACUGUUUCCUCAUUUUGGGAGGCUACCACCAUCACUUAAAAUGUCUUUGGAAUAUGUCCUUUGGAAUUGCCUUCAGAACCAAUUUACCAGCCAUACAAGAAGAUCUGCAUUAUUACUUUACAUUAAUUACAUUACAGCCACACCUUCAUUUGAACUAUAAAUAGUAUCAUCCAAUUUAAUUAACCUAUUCAUCUGCUUGUCUCUGGAUGAUUUUGGGCUGUUCCCCUAAAAUGGCAUCCAUCCUUAAAGACAAUGAUUUAUGAACAUGGAUUAUGCUCAAAAGACUGCCACAGGCUCUGAAGGUAACUUGAGGAGUUCCCAAAAUGGUUUCAGCAAUGACAGGAUCAUUUGAAUCAUUGUAUGACCUCCCAAGUGGACUUAGCCAUGUUUGGCAAUAGAAAUUCUGGUAUGUUUGUUUUUUUAAAAAGUCAUUCUCUUCUAAUCCAUCAUAAAAAUAAGCUUUCAAGGAUGUCUGCCACAAAAAUUGUAAAUCCUUUUGAUGCAUUGGAACAGUUUUGACUAGUAAGUAGUGUGGGCAUCUACUUCCAGGUUUAAGGCAGAGAAAUCUGGAGAAUCUAUACCAGAUGGCCCUCCUUGGUCCUGUCUAUGACUUCAUUCACACAAACCAUUAAAACUGUAACAAAAAACUGGAGAUCACUGUAGAUUAGGGACCCUACAGGAUAAACCUAGUACUUUUAGUUGAACUUGAGGUUUAAAUCUACUCAACAUUCCUGUUUUCAUUAUACUCCUUUUACUUUUGGAUAUCUUAUAAAAGACAUGGACCACAUAUGUAGUUAUUCUUUGAAAGCCUGGGCACAUCAAAAUCAAAUCUAACUUGUUUUGAAACUAAACUAGACCUGUGAACAAAAGGAUCCUCUGGAACAAUUCUAGAUUUCUGUGUAUUACACGGGGAUUCUCAGUGGUUUGAAACAUUAAGUUAAGCACCAGAAUUUUGUGUGCUUAUAAUCUUAAAAUGCAGGGUAGGAAUCAUCAUGACCUUUUUAGCUACUAGAAGUUUUGUCCAUAAAUUUUGGAUGACAGUUUUUAGAGGUAAGCCUACCUCAUGAUUGUUGAAGUAGUUUACAUGAUAGAGAUGGAAUGGGAAUUCUGAACACAGAUCAUUCUCUAUUUUUUAAGUGUCCUAAUAAUUAAUUUAAGAAUAUCAAUUCAUUUAGGACGUUCAGACCUUCAUAAGGCUGAUGAUGUUAGCUAAAGCAAUAUUUAAUAACUUGGGAGGGGAAAAAAAAAGAGAGUUUAUGCCUCAAGUUUCUUUUUAGCACAAAGAACUUUGAAUUCAUUUCCUUAAGACAGAAACUAGAGGCACUGACUGACUUUACAUAUUAUUCUACUUUUUCUUUUCCUCCUUCCUUCUCCAGGUAAGUUGCCUGUGUGCUGCUAUCAAAUUUACCAUGUCCCACCCCCUCCCCCCAAUUAGAUAUUUGGGUCAUGAUAGUCAAAAUCCUUGGUGGUUCUAAAGUGUUAUUGAUACAAAGGUUUUGGGUGUUGUAUCUGAAGAGAUAGUUACAUCUUUUGUGAUUUCUUCUGAAGAUGUCCUCAAGAUGAUCUGUUUUGGUUCCAUUGAAAGCUUUUAAAAGUGCAUCACUAAGUAUUAACCACUGAUGGUAAGAUUGUUAGUGAUGCAUGGUGUUUUGUUUUAUUUUGUUGUUCUUUAAGACAAUACUGAUUUCUCUUAAUAGAGAACUACCAUUGAACGCUUUGACUGGCUAAUUUUUGGUUUGCACAUGUUUUCUCCUGUUGUUGAAAUGCAGUUCUUUUGAAUGUUUCAAAAUAAACUUCAGGAAGUGUAUUUUCAUUUUAAGAACACUUGCUCUCUUAAAAUUGUUCUCCAUAGAUUACUGUGUUUUAAGGAGACUUUUUUUUUUUUACUAAUUGGUGGUUUGUUAUUUUUGUACAUGUUGAACCCGGAUUCAGGGGGCCCUAUUCAUCCAGGGAAUGCUUCUUUUUGAAUUCUUGUGAUUUGAGGUUGUGUUUAUUCCUGUUACCACUAGUUCUCAAAAUCUGGGACAAGGGGAAAAUGCAAUAAAUAUAUGUGGCAGUUUUUGAACAAAUGAAAUUUCUAUAGGUGAAAAUAGUAAGAAUAUUACAAAGGCAAGAUCAUCCUUAUUUCAACAUACAUGUUUAUAGUAUGUUAAGACACUUAUAAAACCUAUAAGGACAUGGUUCUGUUGUCUUGGAAAGAGUCAUAUCCACUUUAUAUUAAAACAGCUUGAAGAAAAAAUAGAUGUGAAGUAUGAAAUAAAUUAUGAGAACUUGUAAGCUAACUGUGCCAAUCUUCAAUUUCUAGUUGUUAAUGAUUAAUUUCUUAGGUUAUACCAGUACAUCAUUUUGAUUUUAAAAGAGAGGGAAAAUGAAUGUCAGAAAACUCAUAACAUGUUUUAUUUCAGAAAUGUAAAUAAUAUAUACAGAUUGUGAUAUGUGAUGAGCUGAGAAGGUAUUUAACUUCUAGGAUUUUUUUUUCCAGUAAGAAAUUGAAUGCUGUUUAUAAGAGGGGAAAAAAAAGAAUAAAUAGCUAUGUUUGACCAUGA